UUUCAAUUCAACUUCCAUGUGAUAAAUAAUAUUGGUUAACCUGUCAAUUUGUUUUCUUCUUCUUCUAUUAAUUUUGGUUCACAUUUUCCUAACUAACAUUUUCUUUUAUUCUCUCGUAUUGAUAGAUUUUUAGCUCUUGUCAAUUUCUGUUGUGUACUUUUCUUUUUCUCUAUCUCUCUAUCUGCCUCUUUUCAUGUGCCACUUGAGAAUCUUGUCUUUUUCCAUGUAAUUCAUAUCAUCACUUUCUUAAUAUUUUCCUCACUUGUUGUCAAUGAACAUUUUGAUUAUACAAUUGUUUCCCUUUUCCCCUUAUUUUAUUUCUUUUUCUCUCUAUCUCUCUUUAACUCUUUCAAAACAACAACAUAUUCUGCUGUUACAUUCUCACUUCUAUUUUGAUCGCCAUCAUCAGUUUUUUUCUCUUGUACGAGAUGGGCUGUAAGCUCUCUUGCUGUGACUCAUCCACUGAAACAAGUCCAUCGAGAGUUAGUAAGAGAGCUAAAAAGAAUUAUCGUUUUGUAUUGAACAAUGAUAACUAUGCUCGAUGUAAAAUUGAAGAGGAAAUUUCAUCAAGCAAUUUACAACAUAUCUCAGAACGGGAAACAGCAGAAGAUCUGGAAUCUGAUCCAUCUACACAUCCAACCAUUGGACCUUUAUUCAUACAACGAUCUAGAAGUGAUAUGAGAUGUCUAAAAGAAAGGCGCAAAAGCCAGCUAAUAGUUUUAGAAUCUAGGCCUCUAAAAAAAUCGAGCUCUUGUUCAACAAUCUAUUUGGACGAUAGCACAGUUAGUCAUCCUAAUUUAAAAAACACCAUUAAAUGUGUAACUCUCGCCAUUUACUAUCAUAUAAAAAAUCGGACUUCUAAUAAUGUAUUAGAAAUUUUCGAUGAGAAUAUUCAUCCGCUUUCUAAAGAUUGUGUUAAUGAGGAUUAUCUUAAAGAACCGGAUGCAAGAAGUUUGUACAGAUUUAUGAGAAACCUUUUUACUGCUGCUCAGUUAUCACCAGAAUGUGCCAUUAUAACUCUUGUUUACCUCGAGAGACUUUUGACCUAUGCCGAAGUCGAUAUAUUGCCUUGUACAUGGAAACGUAUAGUUCUUGGGGCUAUUUUACUUGCAUCAAAAGUUUGGGAUGAUCAAGCCAUUUGGAAUGUAGAUUAUUGUUUAAUUUUGAAAGACGUAUCACUGGAAGAUAUGAAUGAAUUGGAAAGGCACUUCCUUCAAAUGCUACAAUUUAACAUUAAUGUUCCCUCGAGUGUAUAUGCCAAGUACUAUUUUGACCUGAGAACCUUAGCUGACGAGAAUGAUCUCACUUUAACCAUGGAACCUUUGAGUAAAGAAAGAGCUCAAAGAUUAGAGGCUAUGUCAAAACUUUGUGAUAUUCAUAAAAAUGGUAUUCGAAGAUGGUCCAGCGACGAAAGGAUCGCCUUACACCGUCAGAGCAAAGCCAUACUUUCCUAGCAUCUCUAAUUUAUUUUAAUUACUACCAAAAUAAUUAGUAAAAUAAUUAUUGUAAUUUUAAAACUCGGUCCUGUUUUCGAGGACAAAACCAAAACAAACACACAAACGUGUCUGAGAUCCAGUUGAUUACCAACUUGUUGAAGCAACAAUUUGUUCUUGCACGACAUUGAAAUGGAUGAGACAAAAUUUUCCAACUUUUCAAAGUGAAAUCAAGUAAAAAUUAAUUCAACAAAAAUUGACAAAAUCAAUUAGUGCAUAAAGAAAUUAUCUCAAUCAAUUUUGUUUUCAUUUGUCUUUUAUACAUAAUUCAUAUUUCUUUGUAAAUAAUAAAACAAAAACACAUGAAAAGGCUCAGAAA